ACCUUGUGACAACGAUAAACUGAGAAGAACUCACUCUCUCUGUCACUCCGUGUUUACUUUUUAUUCUUUUUUUUUUCAUCCUCGUCUUCGUCUUCUCCACCAUUUCUUCCAUGGAUCCCAGUAAAACUGAGGACGAUCUCUUUCUCAAUCAUCAUCCCCAUGAUCUGGACCCUUCUUCGAUUCUGUCUCACCAAAACCACAUUCACCCUUCCAUUUCUAACCCUUCCGACGACCCUUCUUUUUCUCUCCCCGAAAUCGUUCUCUUUCGCUCAUCUUGCUCUGAGUCUCCGAGUCAUUCCUCCCCUGACUCGCCCACCCAUUCGCCGAGUCGUGUUCCGGGCUCUUCUUCCCCUAAAAACCCAUCCCACCAACCCCUCUUUAUCAGUCCAGAACCCCAUAUCUCCUCCCAGUUUUACACCUUCAAUCCUGAGUCUCAUGCCCUUAUGAUCCGCUGCAUCCUUGAGCAGCGGCUCGCCACUCCCGUGGAGAUCCGUGCUGCGACCCCUCGAGCCGUCCUCAAGUCAUGGCGCGCUGUGUGGAAGGAUCGAAAUGAGGAGACGGCAUACCUGACGGCUUGGAAGCGCAUUCAAGACAAGCUCACGGCUCAUGUUGAUGAGAACGGUAACGAAUUUCUUUGUUUCAAGAACAAUUCCCAGCAAUUCGUUUCACACAUUAACCAAUGGCAAGACAUAGUAAUGAGUUUUCAUGGUGAUACUGAUUUAAAACAUUUGGGGCUGAAGGAAACCAUAGAGAGAAUUAAGCAAGUUUGGACGGUAGGUGCCAAAUUUUAUGGAAUCCCUGAAAGUUACAUUAGGGUUUGUGUUGCUGCAUGCCCGCUGUGUUCUGCAGCUUCAUCUGGAUCUGGAGCGAGAAGUAAGCGACGGAGGUUUGAGUAUACUGAAUCUUUUGAUGUGCCCGCUAAAGAGGUUCCUGAUAAGCUUCAACAGUUGGCUGUGAAGCAUAAGGUGGUGCUUUGCAUACGGCAGAAGUAUAUUAGGUAUAAGCCUUUCAUGGCUGAGGUAAAGGAUUACGCUUGUCACCGAGCGGGCGAGCCAGCUGCGAAGAAAUCAAAGCUUUUGAAAAGGGAACCAUAUGCGUCGAAGCGCUGUGGGUGUGGGUUUCGUAUAAGGGCUAUUGUGCCCAUUGCAAACUAUAAUGAGAAAGACAAGACUUUUGUGUAUCAAGAAGAGGGGAAAGCAGUGUUUAAGUUGUAUGCAGUGCAUUCUGGUCAUGAGCCAGGACCAUUGGAUGGUAAUGCCAGAAUUAUGCAUCGGGUUGUUGGCCACAAAGGAGGCUAUCAUAUGGAUCAAGAGACGGUAUUUGGGGUGAGUGAUGACAUGGAAAAUGAUAAUUUUGGGUUGAUAGGGAAAGACAAGGGAGAUUUGCGAUAUUCUGUUUUGCAGCAGGUGCAGGAAUUGAGAGCUGAAGUUGGAAUGUUAGAAGGGAAAAUUUCAAAUAUCCCACAUGAGUUACUGGGUUUGGUCUCUCAAGAAUUGUUUGAUGUUGUGAAUAGAAUUAGAAAUAUAGGUGCAGGUUUGAAGCCAGUCGGAUUGCUUUCUGAUAAAGAACACACAGAUGAUGUUUUGGUUGGCGAUAAUGAUUUGGCAAAUUGGAAUAAUCAUCAUCAUGAAAGGAUUUAUGGGGAUGGCAAAGAUACAGAGUUGAUUGAGGAUGAUGAAGACAGUUUUGGCCGCACUCUAGGAGAAGUUAUAUCUUGGGACCAGAUGAGGACAGAUUGUAGAAGUCAGAAAGAUCUAAUGAUCACGCCUUGUAAGCCUGAAAAGUGGUUAAAAUGCGGUGAUUUUGAUGAAAAGAGCAUGCUUGAUUGUGAGGAAACUAAACUAACCAAGCCUGUCCAACAUGAUGAUGCUAUUGUGUCUGAUGUUGGUCUUGGCUGUAUACAGGUUGAUAGUUUCUACCAGGAAAAUCCUAAAUGGUAUGAUUCUCCUCCAUGUAGUUUGGAUCCUGGUGCAGAUUGUGGGGAUAGUGGAUUCCGUCAUGAGGAGAUUUUGUAGAGCCUUGAACGCCAGAAGUUCAUCCACUCUAACUUAGUAAUCAAUUUAUGUUGUGCCUAUUUCCCCUUCAAACAGAUGAAAGUGGGAUUGUACAUUUAUGUAUACGGAAGGUUGGAGCUGCAUGCCUGGAAGUUUAGGUGUAUUUACUGCAUGUGGUUCUGUAAAGUAUAACCAACCAUGCUUCUCUUGCAUAUAUCUUCAUUAUCACUAAAUUUGUUAACCAAGAUCUUGGUCUUCAGAGUUUCUAGCUUGGUCCUUUGUAUAAUGAACGUCAGUGUUUUCUGUAAUCCAUUUUGGAACUCAGAGAUUCUUGUAUGUAUUAAUGAGCAGCCAUUGGCUUUUUAGUCCUACAUUUAUGUGUUGCAUGAA